AUGGAGGAUCAGCUCUUGCAGCUACUUUCUGAUACACAGUUACCAGCAGAAGGACCUCGCAAAGAGGCGGAAUCACGCCUCCAACAAGCGCAGAGCAAUCCUGCUUUCCCCGGAAGUCUGGCAGCUAUUGCCUCACAUAGCUCCGUAACGCCUGAAAUCCGCCAGAGCGCGCUACUGAUACUGCGACCGUUUGUGGAAAAGAAUUGGAGUGGGCAGGCCGAAGAUGGAGCUGCAAUUCCUAUCGCGGAUUCGGUGAAGGAGCAGCUGAGGGUGCAGAUGUUGGAGUUGGCUACGAGCGGGGAUGCCGAUAGGAAGAUUAAAAGUGCGGCGAGUUACGUCGUGAGCAAGAUUGCAAAUGUCGACUUUCCAGAGCAAUGGCCUAAUCUCCUUCCUGCGCUGCUGCAUCUUAUUCCCAAUGCCACGGAUCCGCAAUUGCACGGUGCCCUCAAAGUGCUGUAUGAUUUGGUGGAGGAUUCGCUGAGCGAGGACCAAUUCUUCUCUGUUGCCAGGGAUAUUGUCAACGUGGUAUACGAUGUCGCCGUCAAUAAUAAUAGGAAGUCGAUCCUGCGUGCUCUUUCGGUCUCGGUAUUCCGCGCUACGUUUGAUAUUAUGGAUAUGGUGAAGGACGAGCAUGGCGCUGAGGUUAAGGGCUUUGCAGAUGAGAUCAUCAAGGCGUGGUCCCCCUUUUUUAUGGACGUCAUGAAACAGCCAUUACCAGCGAAGCCUACUGGCGAGGACGGGGCGUUCGAGAGUGAAAGAGAAGUAGCUGAAACAUGGAGGGGGGUUAUUGCGUUGAAGUUGCAGGUGGUCAAGACGCUGAUGAAGAUCCGGAUGGUAUUCCCGCAAUUACUACUCCCGCAAAGCCCUGCGCUAUUCAGUGCAACAUGGGAGGAAUUAUCGUUGCUCCAGGAAGCCUAUAAGAGCAUGUAUGUCGACAAUGAUGAGCAAGGACGACUUGAGGAUGCGGAUGGCCUUCCUUAUACUUUGGACUUCUUAGUCCUGGAGGAGUUAGACUUUUUACAAUCUUGCUUAAGAGCACCGCCCGUGAAAGAAGAGCUGGAGAAGCAGAUACAGCAGCACUCAGGGAUAUCGGGAACACCUUGGGUCAUGGAUGUCAUGAAGUUGGCGGUGGGAUACGCACAAAUACCAAAGGAGGAAGAAGACCUGUGGGAUAUCGAUGUCAAUUUAUUCUUGGCUGAAGAGACUUCCGUUACAGCAAACUACACAGCACGAACAGCCUGUGGUGACCUACUCAUUAAGUUGGGCGAAUGGCUUCACCAGGGUGCUCUUGAAGGCCUGCUGGCAUACACCCAAGCUCACUUCUCUUCAGAAGCUGCGACGUGGAGAACAAGGGAGGCUUCAUUAUAUCUGCUUACACAACUGAUGACCGAUUUCCUAGAUCUGAGCAAGCAGGUGGCUCCAGAGGUUGCUACAGCCUUCUUAGGCUUGGUUGAGUAUUCCAUCAAUCGACCAGAUGAACCUCUACUAAGAGGACGGGGCUACAUCGUAUCUAGCUUGCUCGUGCAGUACCUCCCUGAUGUUGCCCUCGGCUUGCUUGACCGGACGAUUAAGGCUGUCAAUAGCGAUGAGUCGGAAGUGGUCAAAGUUGCCUGCAUCAAGGCACUUCAAGGCUUCAUCAAGGCACGUACUGUACCCUCUGAUCGCCAAAUCCCUAUCAUUGCAUCCAUAUCAGACUUUAUGUACGGAAAGGACAUGACAGAUCUUGAGGAUGCUGAUGAUCUAGUGGUGACCUUGGUUGAGUCGCUGCGGGACGCAAUUGAAAUCGAUCCUAGGAUUGCCAUCUCGAAUGAGAGCUCUGCUCUAGAUCUACUUUUUGUCCUUGCCAAACAUGGCGCGUCCAAUUUCCAGCUCACUAUGCUGGUCAGCGAAGCGUUCGAGUCAAUUACCGCUGCGCUUUCGCCUAGCCCUGAAGCCUACACUGCUCUAUGUACAAAGGUGUUGCCUUCAUUAACUGGUGCCUUUGAUGUGGGCAGUAUGACAGGCGAUGAUCCUCUUAUUGAGCUCGCAACAGAGCUACUUGUAGUUCUUACAGAAAAAGGUUCUGAGCCGCUUCCACCCGGAUUCGUCACGGCCGCUUUACCAAAGCUUAAUCGUCUCCUGAUGGCAACUACUGAAGGAGGCGUUCUGCGACCCGGUGUUGAAACUAUUAAGUACAUGUUGGCGCAUGACCAUCAACAGGUAUUUGCUUGGCAUGACGAGGCGAAUAGGUCUGGGUUGGAGGUAUGCUUGAUUAUUAUUGACAAACUGCUCGGUCCGACGAUAGAGGAUAACGCGGCUUCUGAAGUUGGCGGUCUCGCUGCCGAGCUUGUUGAGAAGGCGGGUCAAGAGCGACUUGGGCCAUAUCUAGAGCAGUUGUUGCGAGCCGUUGCAAACCGACUUGCAACUGCUGAAGCCGCUCCGUUUAUCCAGUCGUUGAUCUUGGUUUUCGCCCGGUUGGCGUUGGUCGGUGCUUCUGACGUCGUGACAUUCUUAUCGCAGAUCGAGAUUAAUGGCCAGAAUGGCCUGCAAGUUGUCUUGAGCAAAUGGCUUGAGCAUUCUAUCAAUUUUGCGGGAUAUGAUGAAAUUCGGCAAAAUGUUAUUGCGUUAUCGAAACUGUUCAGUCUGAAUGACCAACGAGUUGUUCAGACUAUGGUCAAGGGUGAUCUGAUCAUUCCAACUAGUAAUAGAAUUAUGACCAGAUCACAAGCUAAACUAAACCCAGAUCAAUUCACCGUCAUCCCUGCGCCCCUGAAAAUCGUCAAAGUGUUAAUCGAAGAGCUCCUCUCCGCUUCCGGAAUCCAAACCGCAGCAAAUGCCGCCGCGGCAGCCGCCGAAUUUGCCGACGAAGAAGGCGAAAACGACGAUUGGGAAGAUGUCCCAAAUAUCCUCGACCUUGGCUUGGGAUCUACUAAAGCCGAACUGAUGGCGUAUGGGAAUGAUGGGGCUGCGAGUUUCAUGCGCCAGAGAGAUGAUGAGACGCAGGCUUAUUUGACGGAGUUCUUCCUUAAGGCUGGGACUGAGAAUAUUGCGGGAUUUAACGAGCUUUAUGCGGCGCUGACGGAUGAGGAGAGGGCGAAGUUGAACGAGCUUGCGAACCCGGGGCAGUGA